UUAGGUUAAGCCGGUUGAUGGAACAUGGGCUGAGUUUUCCAGACCAUGAUGACAAUUUUCCACCGCUAUUUUCCGAAACCCGCCAAAGCCUUUGGCAGUUGCGAUUUGCGAUCGGUUCGGGUUGGAUGUUUUUAGUUUUGGAUUUGAGCGAGUUGAUCGAGGCGUCAAAACUACUGAAAAUCGGUCGUGUGCUAGAUAGUUGAAUCAGUGCGCGGGGAAAGUUUUCGAGGUCAGAGCCCAAAAUUUGAAUACUUGUGUAAUAUCAGUGGUGGGUGACCAGAGUGGAUUGAUUACCGCAUCUUUAGCUUUGUGAGAGAUUUUUACUAUCCGGUCCCCAAAGAAGUGGAAUUUGUUUCAUUACGAUGAACGGAUAUUAUUCUACGGAAAAAUUGGAUUAAAGUGGCUGAUUACGAAAGUACCGAAAAUCGGAUAAAAAGGGUUUGAAAAAGAAAUAAACGACGGAAAUGGCGCACCUCCCGAUAGUUGCGCUGUUAUUCUGGCUCGGUGUGGCGAGCGAGGUGUGUACGAUGCACAUUCCAGAAGAUAUGGAGAUAUUGGAGGGCUACGAGUUGGAAUCAGCUGGAACGGAACUCAACCCAGAGGAUGACUUUUACGAGAGGCGCAGUUUGUUGGAACCGUUUUUCUACCGUGCGAUACGAGACAAGCGAGAGAUUCCUCCCUAUCGGGUGUUGGAAUCUCCCGGUUUGAAAAGUCAUUUCAGACCGAGAGAUGAGGAUUUGAAUGCUGAAGAACAUAACAGGAAGCGAAAUCGUCGGAGCACCGAAGUGGAAAAUGUUAGCGAGGCGGAUGAAGUGAAGCCGACAGAUCAGAUGCCGAAAGCAGAGAAGCACACGAUGGGACAGCGAACGAUAGAAGCGUGGGCAAAGACGCCCUAUCAGGUGCAAAAACCGACGAAACAGGAAUCACAGGAUGCCAUGGAUUCGGAGGCAGAAGCAUCGAUGAUGAGCGAUGGCAUCAAAGCGAGAGCACCACGAGUCAAUUUCAUAACUCAGAAAAAGUCUAUCUCAGCGGAAUCUUCAGAAGCACGGGAAGAUAAAGACAAGAUCGUUCCAGAACUGUACAGGAAACCGCUGAAUCGUUUGUAUUACGACUAUCCGCAUCAACUUUCGAGGGUCUACGACUCUUUCCCGGCGUACUCCAAUUCGCCGAUGUAUCCGAAAGUCUACAAUAAAUAUGACGAAUUCCACAGGGACAUGAUGGAUAGAAUGCAUCCUCCUUCUCCACAUCGAUACGACACAUACUAUCAACGACGCUACGAUAAUGACUUCGAUCCCUAUUUCCCACGAUACUCCUAUCCAUCGUACUACUACUAUCCAGAUAAACGAUUCGAUGUCCCAUAUUACUACCGAGAUCGAAACCACCUCCUCACAAACGACGUGAUGGACACUCCCUACGUUCCUCCUCCAGUCUACAUCCCAUCUCGAAACCGAAGAAUCAUCUACUACGCCACUCUCCCGGAAGUCGUUCGAACACCUCCAAACGUUCGACUGCACAACUACGUCAACAAAUACGGCAGCUCCACCAAUACGCGGUACGAUUCGCUUUAUCCGACGAAAGCUCCCUACAAAUCGUCAACCCAAAACCCCGACUCAGAUCGCAAGGAUGAUAAGUACGUGAGCUCGACGCCGAUCAAAAUCGUUCGGGAUCUAGCCGGGCAGGAGGGAGCCUAUGGUACCAACAGUAACAAUAACAAUAACAACAAUAACUCGGGAGGUCGUCGGCAGUAUCAGCUCGGCAACAGUAAUGGCGGAGGACGGUUGGGCGAUUCAGGCCGAGGCGGUAAUCACUAUCUGCCGGAUCAGGGCCUGCAGGAUCGGUCGUACUUCGGACGAUAUCACUAGAGAGAAUUACAUAUGUAUCUGUAACUUAAACUGCUAAUACUAUUUAAUACCAGUUAAGUGUAGUUUUGUAGCGUUUUGUAGUACAUGAUAGGAACCCCAAUAGAAGCUAGAAGUGACCUAGAAUAGAUUUCAUUGUGCAUUUGUAUCAAACAUCUUCAUACCGAACAAUAAACAUUUGAUUAAUAAAAUAAUAAUAAAGAAAAUGUCAAUGUCUGGCCUCGAUAAGUUUCUAG